AUCUUUGGCAUCCCUGGCACUUGUUCUUUUGCUGCGAUAGGUUUAGGAAGCUUUCGUGCCGUCGAAACAGUGAAAACCGAGAAAUUUAUCGGCAUUUAACGAUUGAUAUUUGUUUCGAUUCUGGUAUCAGAUAGUUUGUCCCAAAUAUACCGGGAAGCGGAAUAAAGAUGGACGAUGUUUGGGACAAUGACAAUGGGGGAAAUGUUGCCGUGGAUAACAGAUCGUACAAACCCAAUUACAGCAGCGGUGGCGGUGGCGAUGGUGGUGGUGGUGGUGGUGGAUAUAAAGAGCGUACCUCAGUGGAAGUAUCUUCCCGGUCGAUCCCACGGAUAAUCGGCAGACAGGGAAGCAACAUAAAAAGAAUCCGCUAUGAGUCUCAGGCGGAAGUCGAAAUAGACGAUAAAAUUCCUGGUAAUGGUCGUUCCACAAUACAUCUUACCGGGACAAUGGGCGAAAUAAAUCGUGCUAAGGAUGCUAUAUACGAGAUAUUGAACAGUCGCGGCCCUGGGCCGGAUGGCGAAGGACGAGGCAAAGCUCCACCCUUCAACAACUGUACUAACGGUAGCGGUGGCAGAGGAGGUGGAGGAGGAUACGGACGUGAUGAUCGGCGAGGUCAAGAAUAUCGUCCUCGUGGUAACGACUACAAUUUCUCCGAUUCCAACAAUCGUGGUGGCGACUACAAUUCCUUCAAUUCCAACACACGUGGUAGAGACUACAAUUUCUCCAAUUCCAACUCUCGCGGUAGUUAUAAUCAACCCUCUUCCGGCUCUGGUUCGAAUUAUGGCAAUCAAAAAUCGUAUGGUACCGGCUCGGGCUCGAAUUACGGCAAUCAAAAAUCAUAUGGUACGAAAGAGGACGAACGAAGCACCAGUCCGUCCGUAAUCGACUGGGAUAAGCUAAACGAACAGUGUGAUCAGGCAAUGGAGGAGCAGUGGGCUAAAUGUCCCCCGCUACUGAAGAAUUUCUAUCACGAAUUGCCUGAGGUAGCCGAAAUGAGUCUGGAGGAGGUUAACGCCUUUCGACUAGCGAACAACAACAUUGUUGUGGAUAGAACCUUCAAGGAUCCGGAAAACCCCUCGCUUCCCAUUCCUAACCCCAUUCAAACAUUCGAACAGGCUUUUCACGAGUAUCCCGAAUUGCUAGAAGAGAUCAAGAAACAGAAAUUUGAGAAGCCAUCACCCAUACAGUCCCAAGCUUGGCCAGUGCUGUUGAAAGGAGAAGAUCUAAUCGGUAUUGCUCAGACCGGAACGGGUAAGACAUUGGCUUUUCUGUUCCCAGCUUUCAUUCAUAUCGAGGGCCAAACCGUGCCCCGCGGACAACGUGGUGGACCAAAUGUACUCGUAAUGGCACCCACUCGAGAACUGGCGCUACAGAUCGAGAAAGAAGUUUUCAAGUAUCAGUUCCGUGAUAUUAAAGCGUUGUGUUUGUACGGUGGCGGAGACAGGCGAAAGCAGAUAAACAAGGUAGAAGCGGGCGUGGAGAUAAUAAUCGCUACACCGGGUAGGUUGAAUGAUCUGGUGAGCGCCAAUGUACUUGAUAUAACCAGUAUCACUUAUCUGGUGUUGGAUGAAGCGGAUCGGAUGCUUGAUAUGGGUUUCGAGCCGCAGAUCCGCAAGUUGCUGUUAGAUAUUCGACCCGAUCGACAAACCAUUAUGACCAGUGCGACUUGGCCACCGGGCGUGCGUCGAUUGGCACAAAGUUAUAUGAACAAUCCCGUGCAGGUAUACGUGGGAACGCUGGAUCUUGCCGCAACACAUACCGUUACUCAACAGAUUGAGGUUAUUGAUGAGGAGGACAAGUACAUGCGGGUAAUGAAUUUUGUUCAGAAUAUGGGUCAGAAGGACAAGGCUAUUAUAUUUUGCGGAAGGAAAACUCGCGCAGAUGAUUUAUCGAGCGAGUUUGUGCUCGCAGGAAUAAACUGCCAGAGUAUCCAUGGAGAUCGAGACCAAGCGGAUCGAGAGCAAGCCUUAGAGGAUAUAAAGCGCGGUGAUGUGAACGUGCUGAUCGCAACGGACGUUGCCUCGCGCGGACUCGAUAUUGAGGAUAUCACUCAUGUGGUAAACUAUGAUUUUCCGAGGAAUGUCGAGGAGUAUGUUCAUCGGGUAGGACGGACGGGUCGCGCCGGCAGGAGUGGCAUUGCGUUGAGCUUUUUCACUCGAUCGGAUUGGGCUGUUGCAGGUGAUUUGAUUAAAAUUUUAGAGGAAGCGGAGCAGGACAUUCCGGAAGAGGUUAAGCUGAUGGCGGAAAGGUUUGCCGCCAAAAAAGAGCGAGAAGCCCGUGAAGGAGGAGGUAGAGGUGGCUACGGUGGGCGUCGUGGAGGAGGUGGUGGUCGUGGUGGUGGCUAUGGCGGUGGAAGUGGUGGCUACGGCGGUGGCGGAGGUGGUGGUUAUGGAGGCGGAAAUAGAUGGUAAUGUGGCAAGGUUCACAUUCUUCGAAUUAUAUUUGUUUUUCGUCAAAUUUACGAUUUUUUGUUUCGUCUCUAUCGUUGAUUAUUGAAUUGAAUAGAACUAAUCAACAUUCGGAACAUUCUCAGAGCCAAGUUCACAAUUUUCAUUUUAUUUAUUUGAUUACCAAGAGCUUAAAUUUGACGAACGAUAAGGAUUUUCAAUUUAUCGCAAACGAUGUGCGUUCCUUUUUCUGUUGUACAGAGUGUUCAGCAAGAUCGCGACAUGAGCCGACAAUAUGAAUAGGCACUAGCUGAAUUUAGAGGAUAGUCAGGAGACAAAGAUAAAAUAUCCAAUACAUCAACAAGUCUAAAGGAACACAGCGAUAUUUGCAAAAACAAAAUGGAUUAGCUUUCAGUUCUGAAAGCAAAUAACUAAUUGUAAUUGACAUGAAGUCGAAAUCUUUCCCUAUUGUUUUAUAAUAAUAAACAUGUACUUUAUGAAACGUU